CUGGCGCCAUCUUGGAUGUCUCGUGGGAGGGGGGAGGGAAGACCGCCUUGGAGCCGGCGAAAGUCCAAUCCCAGAGGGCUCGUUUUCACCUUUUCCUCUCGACCCUUGCAGACGCUCUCGUCUCAUCCUCUUGACUGUUCAGAGUUGUCACAAACCUCCGGCUCUCUCCUCCUUUUUAUUGCUUUCCCUUCGCUUUCUGACUCGUUCCAUUCUUACCCAGCAACUGCCAGACUUGGCCCCAGGACUUCAGAUGCCACGAGUAAUGGAGAGAGCAGCUCUCCUGCCACAGCCCCUCAUCCCCUGAAAAUGUAUACCUGUGCAAAGUUCGUCUCCUCCCCCUUCUUGGUCAGGAGCACCUCUCAGCUGUUGAGCCGAUCACUGUCUGCAGUGGCACUAAAACCACCAGAGACACUGACAGAUGAGGUACCUUAUAAGAGCCUCAGCAGCUGGGCAGCCCCACGUCCCCUGACCUCACUUAUUCCUAGCCGCGGUUUCCAAACCAGCGCUGCUUCAAGGGACAUCGACACAGCAGCCAAGUUCAUUGGGGCUGGGGCUGCCACAGUUGGGGUGGCUGGUUCUGGGGCUGGAAUUGGGACUGUGUUUGGGAGCCUCAUCAUUGGUUAUGCCAGGAACCCCUCUCUGAAGCAGCAGCUCUUCUCCUACGCCAUUCUGGGCUUUGCCCUCUCGGAGGCCAUGGGGCUAUUUUGCCUGAUGGUGGCCUUUCUCAUCCUCUUCGCCAUGUGAAGGAGCCGUCUCCACCUCCCAUAGGUCUUUUUCCCGUGUCAUGUCUGCCCUGUAUGUUCCUUUUCAUAUACCUCCCCAGGCAGCCUGGGGAAAAUGGUUGGCUCAGGGUUUGACAGAGGGAAGACAAAUAAAUACUGUAUUAAUAAGAUCUUUUCUUGUGUCUCCUGUGUAUAUUUGUUCUUCUUAGUUGGCUGAGUGCCUUGGUGAGAGUGUAAGGCCUGGAGGGUGGUGACAGUUCUAAGUUCACCAUGAGUCUGGGCUCACUUGUUCUUUAUUCUCUGUGUCAGGAAAGCUUUAUUCAAAUUAGCACUCCUUUUUAAUAAUUUUCACUGGGGAUGGCCUGUUAUCUUGGAGGACUGGGUCAGUAGAAACGAACAGCAGUGGCUUAACAUUUUGACUAAUGGGCUCUCUGUUGCCACUGCUACUAUCCUGGCUCGGCCUCCUUGCCACCCACUUGGUCUGUUGCAGUAACCUUUUAACUGGCCUUCUGCCUCCAGUCUCUUCCCUCUAGCAUUUACUUCUGCCCACCACUACCAGGUUAAUUCUUAAGUAUAAGACUAGUUUUUGUUAUUUACCAAUUCAAUAACAGUCUGCCCUCAGCUUUCUUGGCUUUAUCUUUUAUUAUUCCCAUACUCUACCCAAAGUGGUAUUGUCAUUUUUUAAAUACUUUUCCCUCUUUCCUGUCCUUAUCUUCACGCCUUGCCCUUUGGCCAUCUCUGCUUUCUUUUUCCUGAAUCUUUGCUCACUUUCCUCUUUUUCAAACUCCCUGUUGUCUUUAAAGACUGAGUUUAAAUGCUACCUCUUACUCCAUGAAACUUUUCAUCUGGUUUCCAUGUACCAUCAGUCAAAUGAGCAUUAACUCAAAUAAAGGACUGUAGAUCAUGUUGUAUCCUUUAUAAUGCUUAGGGUCUGUGUAAAUUGUGGAUUUGCUAUGUACAUGUGUGUCCUUUAUCUUCCAAGUUAGACUGUUGGUUUUUUGAAGGGACUAUGUCAUGUUCAUUUUGUAUCCCUAACAGUAUUUAGCAUGAUGUAUCUCAGCAAUAUAUUUUUUU